AUGCCACUGCCACAUCUCCUGACGNUGAGGGGUCUGGCCCUCAGAGGGCAUCAGGUGAGGGGCCUGGCCCUCAGAGGGCACCAGGUGAGGGGCCUGGCCCUCAGAGGGCAUCAGGUGAGGGGCCUGGCCCUCAGAGGGCAUCAGGUGAGAAGCCUUGCCCUCAGAGGGCAUCAGGUGAGGGGCCUGGCCCUCAGAGGGCAUCAGGUGACGAUGUUGAGCGAGCCCCGAUGGACACAACGUCACCCCAACAUCACGUAUGUGGACCAUGGGACAACCCUCACGUCACCUGACAUGUUAUCCACUUUUGACUGCGCCUUUGACCCAGCUAAACUCCUCGACCUCAUCAUGACUAACCUCGAGGAAUUGUCCAAUGACCUCUUCGACGACCCCAUCGUCCAGGACCUUUACGCAAAGAGAAAGCAGUUUGACAUCAUCGUCUUUGACCAGAUGAUGUUCAUGGGGCUAUACCCAUUCGCCCACGAAGCGACGUUCGUCAUAUUCUCGGGGUCGACGUUAUCACCCGUACAAAGCGCCAACUUUGGUAACGUUCAGAACCCAGCAUUCGUCUCAAGUUCGAUGGCUGAGUUCCCUCAGCCAUAUUCCACCCUGGACCGCUUCAAGAACGUCUUCUUCACCCUCGCCAACUCCAUCGCCUUUCGCUAUGUUCUGCCUUACGCGGUACAAAAAUCGUUACAGAGACGCUUCCCUCACCUACCCUCGUUAAUCAGUUACAGAGACGCUUCCCUNUGGCUUGUAAGAGCCUUGCAGGAGUGGCUUGAGAGUCAGUGGAUCGUGGCUUGGAAGAGCCAUUGCAGGAGUGGCUUAAGAGUAUCAGUGGAUCGUGGCUUGGAAGAGCCAUUGCAGGAGUGGCUUAAGAGUAUCAGUGGAUCGUGGCUUGGAAGAGCCAUUGCAGGAGUAGCUUAA